UGUAAACUGACAGCAGCUUCAGGCCUGGUGUUUGCAUACAAAGGCGGCUUUACGCGCGCAGGUCCGCUUGGUUCAGACGAUGAAUUACGUGGGGCAGUUGGCUGGCCAGGUGUUUGUGACGGUGAAGGAGCUCUACAAGGGACUGAACCCUGCUACGCUGUCGGGAUGCAUCGACAUCAUCGUGGUCCGCCAGCCCAAUGGCAGCCUGCAGUGCUCCCCAUUCCAUGUCCGCUUCGGGAAGAUGGGCGUCCUGCGUUCCCGGGAGAAAGUGGUGGACAUAGAGAUCAACGGGGAGUCUGUGGAUUUGCACAUGAAGUUGGGAGACAAUGGAGAAGCAUUUUUUGUCCAAGAGACUGACAAUGAUCAGGAAGUCAUCCCCAUGUACCUGGCCACGUCCCCCAUCCUGUCGGAAGGAGCUUCUCGCAUGGAAAGCCAGCUGAAAAGGAACUCCGUGGACAGAAUCAGGUGCUUGGAUCCCACCACGGCUGCCCAGGGCCUGCCCUCCAGCGACACUCCAUCCGCUGGUUCUCUGGGGAAGAAGAGAAGGAAAAGGAGGAGGAAGUCUCAGUUGGACAAUCUCAAAAGAGAUGAGAACGUCCACACAUCUGAGGAUGAGGACAUGUUUCCCAUAGAGAUGAGCUCCGAUGAGGACGCAGCCCCGAUGGAUGGAGGAGGCAGAACUCUUCCUAAUGAUGUACCACCAUUCCAAGACGAUAUUCCCAAGGAGAACCUCCUCUCAAUAUCACCGUACCCCCAGUCAGCAUCAUACCCCAAUUCCGACAGAGAGUGGUCCCCCAGCCCCAGCAGCCUGGUAGAUUGCCAGAGGACUCCCCCUCACCUCGCGGUGGUGGCCGAGGGAGUUCUUUCUAGCUCUUACCCUCCACAGCCUUCCCACUUCCGUCCUCCGGAAAGCCCUUCAGGCUCCCGCCCCUCAACACCAAAGAGCGAUUCUGAGUUGGUGAGUAAGUCGGCGGACAGGUCGACACCGAAGAGUAACCUGGAAAUGCUCUGGCUUUGGGGCGAGUUGCCGCAGGCUGCAAAGACUUCUUCUCCACACAAGAUGAAGGACUCCAGUCCCUUAGGGAGCCGGAAGAUCCCUGAUAAAAUCCACUUCCAGGCCAUCCAUAGUGAGUCUUCAGACACUUUUAGUGACCAGUCACCGACCCUGGCCCAGGGGCCGCUGGUACAGCAGAGCAAGGCUCAGACGGAAAUGCAGUUUGAGAAUGAGGAGGAUCUUGAGGCCUUAGGAGCCGCGGCCCCACCUUUACCCGUGGCCGAAGAGCUGAAGCCCCCAGCUGCCUGCACAGCACAGGCAGCAAGCAAGACAGACUCCCCGUCCAGGAAGAAAGAUAAGCGGAGUCGACACCUGGGAGCUGAUGGCGUUUAUCUGGAUGACCUCACAGACAUGGACCCCGAAGUGGCAGCCCUGUAUUUCCCCAAGAAUGGUGAUCCUGCGGGGCUCCCCAAACAAGCCUGCGACAAUGGAGCCCGGUCAGCCAACCAGUCCCCACAGUCUGUGGGCAGUUCGGGCAUCGACAGCGGUGUGGAGAGCACCUCGGAUGGUCUGAGGGACCUGCCCUCCAUUGCCAUCUCCCUCUGCGGUGGCCUCAGCGACCACAGAGACAUCACCAAAGAUGCAUUUUUGGAACAAGCUGUGUCGUAUCAGCAGUUUGCCGACAACCCCGCUAUCAUCGAUGACCCCAACCUCGUGGUCAAGAUUGGUAAUAAGUAUUACAACUGGACAACAGCAGCUCCUCUACUUCUGGCGAUGCAGGCUUUCCAGAAACCUUUGCCAAAGUCUUCGUGCCUCAGCUACCUUCACGUGAUUUUGGACGCCAUUAGGUUUUGCCUUUCUAAAAUUUUCAGUCCACCUACAGCCACUGUGGAAUCCAUCAUGAGGGAUAAGAUGCCCAAAAAAGGCGGCAGAUGGUGGUUUUCCUGGAGGGGAAGGAACGCCACAAUCAAGGAGGAAAGCAAGCCUGAGCAGUGCCUGCCAGGGACGGGCCACGGUACAGAAGAACAGCUUUCCCAGCUUGGCCUGGCCCCCAGAACAAAGCAUGAGUCAUCCUCCAGUGAUGAAGAGCACGCAGCCGCCAAGCCAUCAACCUCAAGCCAUCUCUCUCUCCUGUCCAACGUCAGCUACAAAAAGACCCUGCGGCUCACGUCGGAGCAGUUGAAAAGCUUGAAGUUGAAGAAUGGCCCCAACGAUGUGGUUUUUAGCGUCACCACACAGUACCAGGGCACCUGUCGCUGUGAAGGCACCAUCUACCUCUGGAACUGGGACGAUAAAGUGAUCAUCUCGGAUAUCGAUGGGACCAUCACCAGAUCGGAUACUCUUGGUCAUAUUUUGCCCACGCUGGGAAAGGAUUGGACCCACCAGGGCAUUGCAAAGCUGUAUCAUAAAGUAAGCCAGAACGGCUACAAGUUUCUCUACUGUUCGGCACGUGCUAUUGGGAUGGCAGACAUGACGAGGGGUUACCUGCACUGGGUCAAUGAGAGGGGCACUGUGCUGCCGCAGGGGCCCCUUCUGCUCAGCCCAAGCAGCCUCUUCUCUGCCUUACACAGAGAAGUGAUUGAAAAGAAGCCAGAAAAGUUCAAAGUCCAGUGUUUGACCGACAUCAAAAACCUGUUCUUCCCGAACACAGAACCCUUCUACGCUGCUUUUGGAAACCGCCCUGCCGAUGUGUAUUCCUACAAGCAAGUGGGAGUGUCCCUGAACAGGAUCUUCACUGUCAACCCCAAGGGCGAGCUGGUGCAGGAACACGCCAAGACCAACAUCAGCUCCUACGUGAGGCUCUGUGAAGUGGUUGACCACGUCUUCCCGUUGCUGAAGAGAAGCCAUUCCUCUGACUUCCCCUGUUCCGACACUUUCAGUAACUUCACCUUUUGGAGAGAACCACUGCCACCCUUUGAAAACCAGGACGUACAUUCAGCCUCAGCCUGAUGCGAGCAAGCAUUAAAGGCUAGGUUGUGGGGACCCUGGAGCUGCUGGGAAGGCUGGUGUGCGGCCAUCCGCCCAAGAGAGGAGCAUGUCUCCCUUGACCCGCCCGCCCUGGGUGACAUUUCUAAGCGUGGAGGGUGGAUGGAGGCUGCAACUCAUCCCAUACGUGUGCUGCAUGAGGGUUGGUUGCACUAGUAGUGUGCAAGGCAGUCCUCUGUCUGGUUUAACAUACAUAGGGCUGCACUCUCCAGCCUGGGCCAGCAACUAGUUAAUGUGCAGGAUGGGUGUUGACCCCUUAGCAGAGGCGGCCAGCUGUCUCAGGAUCAGUGUGCCCUAGGAACUCGGAUGUGCACAGCUGUUGGUAGCAUAAGGGGCACAUUCCCAUUGACAGUGACAUCUGUGCCGCCUUCCACACACAGGGAUGGGCUCCUCUCUGAGUCUGAGUGCUCCAGAGGGAAGGAACCUGGGCCUUGCUGGGUCCCGGCCCUCAGGCUUUGACUUUAUAGACAGUCCCUUGCAGCAUGGCUGGCUUAGUCUCACUGUAGGUGAUGAGCUCUUGAACUGCUUUGGUUAAAGGUGGCCAGUGCCCCUGGCGCAUCUCCUCCCAUCCUCACAGCUCAAGGCUGGGCUAUUUAUGCCUUAACACAUCUGCAGCAGCCAUUUGCUUGGAGCGCACUGUCUAGUUCUCCUGACUGCCAUGCCUUACAUUAAAAUGGUAGUCCCUAGGGCAGCGUCUGUGGUGUCCUCCAUCUGCGUGCCACCGCCAGCCAGGGAGCACCGCUAAGGAGGACUGGAACGGCACUUAGGCCAAACAGGAAUGAUGCCGCUAAAGAAACCAGUGAUUUUAAGAAACGCGGUUUCCAGAGGUUAAAUGAUUUUCUUUGCAGAAAUAACUUUAUUUCGCUGCUGUUGUGAGCGUCCUAGCCAGAUCCUUAGGAAUGCAGCUGUCAGGAGCACAUUAAAAGUCAAGUGUGCUAGACAAUCCAAAGAGCCUUAUUCUGUGUAUGUCACACACCGAUCUUCUGGAAUGUCCGAAUCAUUCGUUUAACUUAGCUUUUUCCACUCGGUCUAAGGGGGAAAAAGAGUAAUUUGAGUGAUGUUCUUUAAGCUGAUAGAGGGUAGUUGUUGAACCGUCUCAGAGAACAAUGUGAAAAAUGAAAGAAGUAUUUUGAUAAAAAGAUUUUGCUUUACUUUUGGAAGUUUUAUUUUUUUAAAGAGUGUUUUACUCCUGAAAGAUCUUCCUAUUUAAAUUUCAUUGUUUGAGUCAGA